AGAAAGCAAUCCUCAACGUCUGGUCGUUGUACAAUUAUGUUUCUGUGCCUCCGAAAACUCUACUCUGAAGCUCAUUUCUUCAUUAAAAGCCAAAAUCCAUUUCACAAACUCCGAUAACAGUGCUCUAUCUUCUCGAUUCUUACACAUUGAUCAUCUCAGAUGUCAAUUUUUCACUUGAGAUUGCAUGUUCCAGAUACACUUUCGUGGCCUCUUCCCUCUGUGGUGGAUUAUAUGUGCCAACCAAACACAAUGCUGUCAAACUACCAUCAAUUUGUUGUGAAAAAAGUAUUUCCCUCAGAUUCCUGUAAAUGUUCCUUGAGCUUUCAACCGGUUAGAGCGUUGCAAACUUCCAUGGGUCCAGGGGAAAGAUUCAUGUUUUGCAACAGCUGUUGGUCAAAAGAUAGUAUAAAGUCGAAACAGAUUCGACUCUCGGGUGAGGAGGCUCAGGUAUGUGGUUGUUGUAGCUCUCAGGAAUACUCCAAUGAUGAAGAGGUCAAGGAAGAGCAAAGGAGGAGGAAGAUAGGACUGGCAAAUAAAGGGAGGGUGCCAUGGAACAAAGGCCGGAAACAUAGUGCUGAGACACGUUUACGAAUCAAGCAAAGAACGAUAGAAGCUUUGACUGAUCCCAAGGUUAGGAAGAAGAUGUCUGAACAUCCCCGUACUCAUAGUGAGGAAAGCAAGGCAAGAAUUGGGUCCUCAGUGAGGCGUGCUUGGGGCAAGCGUUUGAAACGGAAAUGGUUAGGGGAGAGAUUCUUUCUAUCAUGGAUGAAAAGUAUAGCUGAAGCUGCUAGAAAAGGAGGGAUUGAUCAGGCGGAGCUAGAAUGGGAUAGUUAUGACAAGAUAAAACAAGAAAUAGCUCUUGAACAGCUUCAGUGGGCUACAGAGAAGGCCAAGGGAAAGGAGAUAGCAAAGGUUAGAGCGGAAAAGGCAAGAGCAGAAAGGAUGGCAAGGAUUGCUGAAAAAAGAAAAAAGCAGGAGGAGAAAGAGAUAUCAAUAGAAUUUAAGAGAAAGAAACAAGAAAAAUCAAAUAAAGAUGAGAAGGUGACAGACCCUGAAGGGAGGAAACUUAAGCAGAGAUUACAAAUGAUCCGCAAAAAGAAAUCCGUAAGUAGUCAAGUCAGUAUUCAAGGAGACAGAGCGCAUAUCCCAGCUCUGGAGAAAUUGAAUAUAGAGCUUAUAAAGAAAGAGAAAAUGCAAAGAGAAGUUUCUCUUGCGGAGCAGAUCAAAGUAGCCAAAAGCAGAAGAGCCGAACCAAUCUCUGCAAAGAUUCUAGGAGUCUCAUCAUCCUGUCUCUCAUAUAAUGCAAGACUAAAAGAGUAAGCACCAAAUAUGUUUGGUCCUCUAAACAAAAUCAAAGCAUGGUGUGUCAGACAGAAGGUGAUUUCCCCUUUACUAGCUCCUAUGGCUGAUAUGUUCGUUCAAUGGUUUCUUCAUCACAUUUGCUGUAGAGGAAGAGAGUCUAAUCCAUCAAGAAAAUUUUGUUCAAAGUGAUCAUUGAUUUGCGUUGUUCCUGCUCUGUUCACAGGGAGGCUUAGUGGAUGCUUGCACUAUCUUCUUCUUCAUUUUUGAGAUAUAGAGUUUUU